CUAGCCCACAAGGAGGCGUGAACUUAUGACCUACCGGUAUCUAUCAUCGUGGACCUUGAAAGCAAAGACAUAGCAAUUACAAACAUAGGACAGUAGAACCGAAUGCUCUGUGUGGUCCCCUACUAUCUACAGCUUCUGAUAAUUUGUGAGUCAAUGGCCCAAGGCCUAUUAUCUGGUCGAGAUGGAUGAAAAUGCAAUAAAAGACGAUAAAAGUGACGACAAUACAGCCAAGAACUUGUCCAAAAGUGACAGUCGAUUCACACGCUCCAGAACUUAUUCACUUGAUCUCUUCUCCACUAAUCACGGUACACUAGCUCCGAGACCGCCAGGGUAUUCGUAUUCAGGAAAAAGACUUGUGAAACACUAUCCAUCUAAUUCGAGGGCUUCAUCGGUACCUAUUAGUCCCGGCUCUCACCCUAAGCCAAUUUCACGAAGUAGCAGUGCUAACAAGUCUUCGAGUACUCAGAAAAUAGAAGACAAAAACAGUGCAAGAAGGCUCAUACAGAAUUUAGUCACGAUAUUCAGUCAUUCAAGGUCUCCUGGCAGCAGCAGUAUGAUGAAAAUUAAGAAGGAGAUAGUUUCUUCAGGCGAUAGUUCGAGAGAGAGCAGUAUCACAGCACAACCGGCUGCUUUUCACAAUGAAACGCUUUACAGUAUUGAACAGUCUCUCAAAAAAGAGCCCAUCGAUUUUUCCGGUGACUCUACUGAAACUGAAAGUGUUCCAGCUCUAGGUGAAGAUGACGUACACACAUUCCACACUCCAAUUAGUAGUCCGUCACCUGCCUCUGAUACGGGACUUGAUAACAGCUUAGCAGUUGAUGAUUUGGCAAACUGUACCCCAUUAAAUGAACCCACGAUAAAUGAAGUGGAAAACGAUGACUUUAACGAGCCUGUCAAUAGCAGUGAGCAAACAAGUUUACACCAAGAGUACUCUACUGAAGACUGCAGCCUUGUACAAACUAGCGAUGACUCUAACAAGCCUGUCAAUAGCAGUGAGCAACCAAGUUUACACCAAGCGUACUCUACUGAAAACUGCGGCCUUGUACGAACUAGCGAUGACUCUAACAAGCCUGUCAAUAGCAGUGAGCAAACAAGUUUACACCAAGAAUACUCUACUGAAGACUGCGGUCUUGUACGAACUAGCGAUAACUUUAACAAGCCUGUCAAUAGCAGUGAGCAAACAAGUUUACACCAAGAGUACUCUACUGAAGACUGCAGCCUUGUACGAACUAGCGAUGACUCUAACAAGCCUGUCAAUAGCAGUGAGCAACCAAGUUUACACCAAGCGUACUCUACUGAAGACUGCGGUCUUGUACGAACUAGCGAUGACUUUAACAAGCCUGUCAAUAGCAGUGAGCAAACAAGUUUACACCAAGCGUACUCUACUAAAGACUGCAGCCUUGUACAAACUAGCGAUGACUUUAACAAGCCUGUCAAUAGCAGUGAGCAAACAAGUUUACACCAAGAGUUAUCUACUGAAGACUGCGGCCUUGUACAAACUAGCGAUGACUUUAACAAGCCUGUCAAUAGCAGUGAGCAACCAAGUUUACACCAAGAGUUAUCUACUGAAGACUGCAGCCUUGUACAAACUAGCGAUGACUCUAACAAGCCUGUCAAUAGCAGUGAGCAAACAAGUUUACACCAAGAGUACUCUACUGAAGACUGCAGCCUUGUACGAACUAGCGAUGACUUUAACAAGCCUGUCAAUAGCAGUGAGCAAACAAUUUUACACCAAGAGUUCUCUACUGAAGACUGCAGCCUUGUACGAACUAGCGAUGACUCUAACAAGCCUGUCAAUAGCAGUGAGCAAACAAGUUUACACCAAGAGUUCUCUACUGAAGACUGCAGUCUUGUACGAACUAGCAAUGACUUUAACAAGCCUGUCAAUAGCAGUGAGCAAACAAGUUUACACCAAGAGUUCUCUACUGAAGACUGCAGCCUUGUACGAACUAGCAACACUGUUAUACCUGUACCUAUGAGGGGAGAUGAACCUAUUCUGAGCAGCCCUCAAGUUUCUGAUGAAUGUGAGGCAAAUGUCACCAUGAAUCAGGUUACCACACAAGAAGAUAAACUGUCUGAGCCUGUUACUUCUAUCGAAUUAGAUAAGCCUAUUGAAACUCCACGCUCUGAAUCACCCACCCCAAUGGACCUGAACGAGGCUGUAACCAGUGAGGACCCAACCGCUAAGCAUGGCGUGGCCACACAGCAAUCCCCACCCACUUUGGAGGGGGUGCUCUCAGAAGACGAUAUGUCCGAGACUACACUCUCUGCUAUGAGUGGGGAGGAGUAUGACCUACCACAGCCAAUAAAAGAUGCUGAGCAAAAAUCGAGUAUUACAGGCACAGGGAAAGCCUCUAAAGCUAGGAGAUUAAUUGCCAAGGCCAAAGUCUCAAGAAGACAAGAUAACGAGCUCAAAUCUAAAAGAAAAUCUCACUCCAAGAAGAAGGUCAAACACAAGAAAAGUAAACAGUUCUCUCCUCCCCCUUCUCCGAAGAGGAGUCGUUAUGACAACAGCUCCCCUGUCCGCUCUCAAUCAAAGCCACAGGCCAAACCCACUCCGCCCAAGGGCAACGUCCUGGCCAGCAUUCUCACUGACAUUCCAGAGGUGGAUAUCUGUCCGUUGUCAGCUCACAAAACUACACCCAUUGCCAGUGUUGCCAAGCACAUCAGCGGUACACACAGGAGUAAGAUACAACUGGAACCCGCCAACACCCAGCAACAAAGAUUAACUAGAUCCAAAUUAACUAGAUCCAAAGAUCAACUACCUCCUCGCACUGUGCACACACACACAUCUUGGAAUAAGGAGGACGGUGUGGAAUCUGAUCAUCACAAACUACUGAUGCGUUGGGAGAAGGACCUUGCACUGGGAACUAACGCUCUAACAGCUCCAAUGCUCUACGCCAUGGAACACAUUCCUGACAUACUCAACACCAAAAGCCCGUGGAUUAAGAAGGCCAAGGUGGUGUGGUCUGUAUGGAGACGAAAAGUGAAGCCUGAAGAGAAGAAGGUGUACUUGAAGAAAGCUAGAGACAACAGAGCCAAUGCUAGAAAUGUGUCCAAACAAAACAAGAUAAAUGACCCGUCGUCAACUGCCCCUGAGGAAACUGAAUCGGAAGAGGAAGAGGAAGAACUCCUUUCCCCAUCUUCCUCCUCUGUGAAGACCCUCACUAAAGAUGAUACCUGGACGGUGCACAGAGAAAUAAAUGACCUCGAAAUAACACCAAAUGCUCCCAGUAACAAGCCACAAUCCUCCUUUCAACUUAAUCAACCACUGCCUAAUUUUCAAGCCAAGCCCAUAUCUGUCUUGGCGACACCAGCGUCAAUCAGAACACAACCAUUUUCGAAUCCUCUUGUAUCAGCUACACCCACUAUCGAAACUGCCACGCCCACUCCACCCGUCUACAUUCCCUUCCAGAUAUCCAGCUGCAAUCCAGUGCGUCUCUCGCCCUCUACCUCUCAAUGGCAGGGAAUUGUUCCUCUCCAGAUACCCUCGGCAAUAAUCUCACAAAUGCCAGCAAAAGAGAAACUCCAUAACAGAGAGCCUACGAAACGCCUCAGCAGUAUUGGGCACACUUCGUUCAGCCUGAACGAUAUACUCUCCACUAAACUUCCCAGCGUUGCAAGAGCUCCCUCAGAACUGGGAUCUCCACAAUUUUCAGAACUCAAUAUCUCCACUCACACAAUGUUGCCGUUCCCAACAGUAACACCUGUCUCUAAUUAUACAGGGCAACAGUUUAUCAACACCUCAGGGCACAUCCCUACCUGUCUACCUCUGCUAUCACGAAACAAAUCGACACCGUCUUAUUCUAUAACGACCCACAAACCGUCGCCAAGCACAUCGACUGGCGGCACCAAAGACAAAACAAAGAAGGAAACAAAGAUACGAAAGAAGGAGGGUUUAUCGUCUCGUCUCUCGUCGCAAAUGCCAUUGGCCAGUCCCUCGUUUGUAAUACCACAAUUGGACCAACGCUCACACAAUUUAAAACGACUGCAUCCUCAAUCCACCAUGCAAGCUCAUAAAUUGAACACCUAUGGUCAAAUUUCCAUCAGUCCAGGGCACAAUGCACGUAGUGGCAAAUAUAGUACCCAGCAAACCACACCCCCAAGCCACGCCCACUCAUACGUUAUCCCUUCCAUGCUGUUGUCUGGUCCUCGAAUGUCGUCACCACUAGAGGUCACAGUGUCCGUUCCAAGCGGAGGGUCUCGGAGCAGGUCUGUGUCCGUGUCGUCCAGCUCAGGAAGGAGUGCUUCUUUGACUGAGUCCCCUCAGCUCCCCCCAUCAUCGUACACACCAGACCACAGCAGGUAUCUUCAUAUGAAACAAGGAGGAAAAAAGCCAAGUAUGAAGCCUCAACAAAAUGAAGUACCAACGAGUUUUUCUAUGAGUAGUGCCUUCCCCAUGCCCUCCCCAUCCACACCCUUCACAUAUCACUCGGCCCAAACCACACCUUCUACCACUCACACGGCCACGCCCACUUCUCCUCUAAGCCCAUCCAGCUACUACAACAGCAACCAGUACAAACUGAGCAUUUUGAAAAAAAUUAAUGAGUUUCACGAAAUGCAAGCUCUUGGGAGCGACUCACAUCAUAGCAGCACACAAAGAACGAAUCCAAGUGUGAAAAUUGAAGCACCAUCGAUGAAUUUCACCCAACAAAACUCUCACCCCAUGGUGGUGCAACCAGCUGUGCGUUUCAACGAGGAAGUGGACACACCCUCUCCUUCAGAGCCUGCCCCCCUCACAGAAAAUUCUAUGGCUACGCCUGGCCCUUCGUCAUCUCCCUCCACCCCUAGUCCCGUUAAACCAUCCCUCAUGGUGAACGCAGCAUAUGUUGGGGACUUCUCCUCCAUGAGUUUGUGGGAAAUGGAACAGCUGUAUGCUUUCAAUAAAGCUGCUCUCUACAGACAGAAAAAGAUCACCAAGGUGAUAAGGGCACAGCUGAUCAAGAUGCAACAAGAGGAGAGAGUCAGUCAUAAUCAAAAACUGAGCCGUUCCGAUUUGUACAAACGAUUUCUACAUUUUUUGGUUCAGCCCAACUUCACUCCGUCAUGUGACCUCAUUAAAGGGUGCCCAACUCCGUUAACAAAGAUGGACGUUCUUGACACUAGCUUCGAUAGACCUGUCUUAAAGAAGGAAUUUGAUAAAUAUGGCUCUUUGUCAACCACGGCCAAAGCUUAAAAACAAUUUCUUAUUUCUAUUUUAUUAUGAUUUUGUAUCAAACUUUUCACUUAUGAUUAAUUGAUUGCGGACAUAAUUAUAAUUACAAUGAUUUAUGGAUUGAUUGAAAUAAGUUCAGUAUUAUUAUUAUACGUGCUAAA